AUGGACCCGAUUUACCUGGACGGAGAAGCGCGGACGCCGGCGGAGGAGGAGCCGAUGGACUACGAGGAGGAGGAAGACGAGGAAGAGGACCAGCUGAUGUCCGACGUCGACGAGGAGACGCCGGCCGCGGAGACGCCCGUCGAGCCCACGCCGCCGCCUCCGCCGCCUUCCAAGCCACGCGGCGAAGAGCUCGAACCGAGCGACGACGAGGGGCACUGGACUACCCCCGUCGGAGUCCCGCAGAAGGGCGCCAAACCCGGCGUGCGCGUGCCCGGCGUGUCACUGUUUGAUGAGCGGCGCGUCAACGUCAUCCUCGAAGAGAACGGUUCCAUGACCGCCAUGUCCAAAGAGGCAAUGUGGGUGCUGUCUGUGGCUACUGAAGAGUUCAUUCGACGGUACACACAAGCCGGUAACGACGUUGCACGCAAUGAGAAGAGGAAUGUCAUUCAAUAUGGGGAUCUUGCUGCUUCAACAUCCAUGCGCUGCUUCUCUAUGCUUGAAGACGUUGUCCCCAUCACCCGCCCUCUCCAGAAAGCCAUGGAAUCCCGCGAAAGGUUCCUCAAGCGCCAGCUGGCCGACGAACCUGCUCUUAUAGCCAGCAAAGAAGAAGCCGCACCCAAAUAUGAUCCCGACGCGCCACUCGUACCAUAUCCAUCAGCGGCGUCGACACCCUGGGAAGUGACGCCAAACGGUACGCCCGCACCGGGUGGCUCCAAGCGUACCAAGUCGGCGCCGAAGAAGGACAAGGAACCCGCCACAACGACCGCCCGGCCACGACAGAGCACAUCUGCCGUCAAGACUGACGCGGAGAAGGACGCUGAUCGCGAACGUCGAGCGAGCGCUAGGCAGCGUGACAGGGCCGGCAGAUUCAGCCAGGGAGGAGACGAGGCUACACCUGCCUCUGCCUCUGCCUCAGCACCGCCCGCUGCGUCCGAGCCAUCCGCUGAACCUGAGCCACCCGCCGAGUCUGCGCCGUCAUCAUCAUCCGGUAUGAUCGCGCCUCGUGCUCCUCCAGCACCCAAGCCUGUAGUCUUUGGGAAAGGGAACUUUUUCUCGCCAAAUCGUCCGGCGGAAGACGAGGGCGCGCCAUUCGCGACGAGCACUGGGCGGACGAUCUACUCGCAACGAUGA